CUCUGGGCAUCAUCCACGUGAUGGGCGUUGGUCGACUUGGAGCAAGCAACCAAAAGGCUUCUCCUCACUAAGUUUAGCCUCGUCCCCUUUCCUCUUGUGGUAACUCCAGUGGUUUAUUUUUCUAAGGGUUCUUGCUUGCACUGCAUAUCAUACAUUCUGGUAGAGUCAUGUACACUACUUACAUGGAGCAGAGAGGAAGUAUUUCGCGCCGCGUGUGACUUGAAUAUUCCACUGAAUUCAGGCUAACUUUCGAGGCUGGGGCUUGAUCAAAUGUGUUAUUGCGGUCAGGAGCGAUGUCAAGAAAGAAGCCACAGACAGGGGUAUUCUUUUUCAUAUUCAGCGGAAACGUAGAUGAGGCAAACUGUACUUGGUAGUCGUGGUUGAUUGGAAACGAAAAAAUGUCCACUGGGUCGUCAGGAUCGGCAGCUCUUGCCAGAAGAGAGAGGCAGCUCCCCUUACGGGAGGAACACGAUAACAGCGGACGAACGCGGCAAGGACAUUAAGGUUCUGCGAUUUCUAUCCGUGUGUGCACUUGUUGAGAACGAACUAGCGUCUAAGUCUUGACGUUGAAGAAGAAGAUCAGAGUGGACGACGAUGCUCUUGAUGGGUUGGCUUAGCUGUCCUUGUAGCGGCCGGCAUCUUUGCUAGAAGUGGUGUCACAGUCUUCAUGCUUCCUGAUUUUUCUCAAAACUUUUUGACCUCUCUAAUGAGAGUUUCCCAGUGUAACGGAGGGGUUCCAGUCGAGUCGCCCAGAGUUGAUGCGUAAGCCGCAUUUUGCUCUUCUUGAUGUCGCGAUUUGGCUGCUCCUUUUCGCGUUCCUCCCUGGCAUUGGCUUCUUGUCGGACGAGGCAGAGCGGCCCCUUGUCCACUUGGCAGCGGUCCCGCUAAGUCUCGACGUGCUCCUGCUUUUCUUUUUGGUUUUAGUGCCGCUGACAUACUUUCGAGCCAGCCACGUCUCGCCUUGUGUCGUCGCGGUCGGGAAGAAAUGCUGCUGCCGAAGGUCACGAACGCAGUCGGCCUCAAGGCCUUGGCUAGACGCAGAUUCCCAGAGGGAGCUUGCUCUCUCACGUACGUACUUCGUUUUGAUUUCCCUUCAUUCAUUUUUAUUCAUGAUGAUGAUGCUGAUGAAGUAGAAAGAAUGAUGCUGAUGCUGAUAGAGUAGUACUCCAAGGAACUCAAGCUUUUUGACGUAUGCGCUCGGUCCUACUUUCAACUCCAACCAUGACCGAACAUUGAUUUGAGUGAAAUGCCUGUGAAGUUUUUUUUGGGGUACUAGAACAAUUAACUUGUUGUCUGAACCAAUGUAUUAUCUUCAUGUUUCCUCAAGUUUCCUGUUCCUCAUUUGUUUCUAAUUUAUUUUUAUGUAUAGUAUUUUUACUGAGAAUCUGAGAUGACGUCGCUGUCCUAUAGGUUUUUUCGUGCAGAGUGGGUCACAUUCUCCCGCUUUGGAUGAGGAUGACCGGAAGUUGCCAAUAUCCGUGCGACGUCUUCCAAUCAACGAUACAGUUUCCCUGUAUCUAAGGCCUCUUGACUACAAGAAUAGUUCUGAAAGCUAGUACAACGUUGCCCGUACUAACUAUAACUAAACGCAAUCUAGUACUAGGUAGUCUUUCAAUAACGGUUUUUAGCUAUUUUCUGGAUGUGGAAGUACGUUAACAUUAAUAAAUAUGAAGAUCCAUGAACAAAGGCAAACGUUUCAGUCAUGUUUGUGUCGGAGACAGAGACUCUUCGGAGAAUCUCACUCUGCCAUCUCUAAUGUUGAUCGUCGGCACGAUGCAUAUAUCAAGUGCUUCAGCUCGAGAUGCGUGGCAGACGUGCGUGAGAAAACGACCAAGGUGCGUCAUGAUCGAGCUUGACCAGCAACGGCUGCGGGAGUUGCGCAAAGAAGAACGUCGUUUUGUUAAGGCAGAGGAUGGCAUUUAUUUCGCUGAGAUUAAGUAGAAAACUUCAUAUGGAGCUGUUGGCGCGUGUAACUCAUUAUAGAAAAGUACAGAAGACCUCAAAUUCUGAUGUUGACGUGUGUAAAUUGAUGGUUCCGAGCCUCUAAGCUCCCACCAGCACGCACCGUACUAGUUGUCUCGUCCAGCCGCUUCUGAAUAGUUAGAUAGGAAGACUGCAUCAUGAUAGCUUUAAUAUGUUCGCGCCAUUUGUUUUUUCCGGACGCGGUCCGGGUGCAGCUGAAGCUGGCUCGCCAAGCAAGGCGACGAGCAGCGGUCUUGGUACGGCAGCGACAGAGAUGAAUGGGACGAUCUCAUCUUCUACAUCAGCACUAAACAUAACGAGUAGUACCGAUGAAAUUGCUGUUGGUCUUGGUGGUAGUAGCUCGCUGAUUGAAAAGAACGGGGAACCAGGUGGUCACACCAAGAGCACCAGUGACCGUGAUGAUGCAAAUGUUGACCACGCAUCAACCGCGCUUGAAGAUGCUGCUAAUGAUGCGCAUGAUCAUCUAGCAUUGAGCGACGGAGCGAGUGUCUGUAGCCUCUCGUCUUCUGUUGACCUGAACGAAGCUAAUCGAAGCGGUUCCUCGCAUACAACAGGGGAAGACGAGUGCUCGGGCGACGGUGCACUGGCGAUUUCUCGAACGCAACUGGAGAGUAUGCGCGCCUACUCAGAUCAUGAUGGUCUGCUCCACAUGGACGACAACGUAUCGACGCCCUCGUCCUCCUCGACUGCACCAGAGGCCCCGUACAGCACGAGGCUCAGGAGCACUGGCGCGGGAAGCUACAUCAAGAUCAUUCCCGAGUGCGAGCGAGUGCCGGUACCGUCCGACUACGUCAAAGGGACCGCUACACCUUCGUCAUCGUCUUCCUUCAUUAUGGUUGGUAUCGUUUUCGCAUGUCAGGAGAAGUGCCCAGAAUGUUGUAACUACCGCAACAGGUGAUUGUGACAAAGCUUUCUUUAUGUGAAAUUUGCCACAUAUUGUUUAACGGGGACUGAUGUUCGAAUCGAACAUGACCUCCAGGGUAUCCUCGUCGCCAAAGCUUUCAUUUCAGAUGCACCACAGUAGCUAAAUUUGAAGACAGAGCCAUUUAUGACGACCACGUAAGAAGAUUGAACUAGUGCUCGUUGCCUAUUCAAAUUCAUGUUGGCGUUGUCAAAGACAGGCUCAGGCAGCAGAGGAUUUCAGAGAGCCAGUGGGAGCUUCCACAGCCCACCAAGGCGUUCGUUUCGGCGAAAUUAUCAGUACAUUCCCGCUAGUGCUACUGCAGUUGGCACGGCUGCACACCUAUCUGGUGGACCCGCGUUCGCUGUAGAGGCGAGUACUAGUCCUCCCUUGGAUUUACUCACCUUUCAGUCUCGUGGUCAGGAUCGGGUCACCUCUCCUUAUGACUAGAUGUGAGCGAUCUGUUUUUUCAGAAAUGGUAGAUCUGGCUGCAUAGUAUGCAUAGAGUGAACUCCGAUAUGCUGAGCAAGAGUGAGACAGCUCCAGGCGUGGAAUAUCUAUGUAUAUUUUUGAAGACAACUUAGCGCGCGGUCUGGCUAUCAUCCUACUGGCAAGGCUAUACCUUGUCCUUAAUCUUCGGGCAGAAAUCCAGCCCCUUCAUAAUUUUUGAAGAAUAACCUAAAACACUUUUAUUUGUUUUUCUAAUUUUUGGGAGUACACUCGGCUUGGAACGCGUACCUUCCGGCGCUCCAAACCAGCUCCAUAUAUCCUCUUAUUCGCGAUGUAGAUUUUCCAGAGGGUAGCCUAGCGUCGAGACUGAAUUAUGGCAACAACGAACUAAAAGUGGACUAUGAUACUUGCAACCGAUAAUAGCCACUUACGUUGCAGCACAACUAAGAUGAAUAUUUUCCCGACUAACAGAUGGUCUUCGAGGAAUUCACUUAUCAUGAUGUUCAUAGUAAUUUGAUCACGAAAUAAACCUCCUGGUCAUCAUCUUCUAAUCGCACUGCGCGAAUUGUGCACUGGUUUUGCGUCGAUCGCGAUCAGUUUCGUUUCUACAACAGGCACACAUUGCGGAAAGACUCGGGGCUAAGAUUUUGUUGAUCACUGAUUUUCCUGAGUGUACAGGCGAUGCCGGCACAGAGACUGCGGGCCUCAUGCACGCUGGCGGCUGCUUGGCUCGGCUCGCGGCGUACCGGAGGUUUCGGACGUUUCGGAUGCCAAAAGUACCCUCGUUUCUCUUCCAGAACCGGCCGGACGAGGAAGCGCUCUUCGCGGGGCUCACAGACGGGCGCUUUGCGACGGUGCGGCUCGGCAAGGCCUACGCGGCAGAGCGUUUACCACGUGCGCUCGGGAUCCAAAGGGUUUGUUGCCGCAAUUGCGUCUUAGUAAGUAGCGGCGUGGGCAUUUUGUACGGAGUUAUGCAGUGCGCAGGUGUCCAAGCCGGAGCGGAGUUUUUGGCGGCAGACGAAUAUACAAGAAUGUGCAAGUAAUAUUUUUCGCUUAUAUAUUCGCAUCAAUUCAUUGGAACAAGAUAGAGAUCCUAAUUCACCAACAAUAGUUGGAAGUACUAUCGCCAACAAUAGUUGCAAGUAGAAGGGGAUUUCGCUGCUUCAUCUUUCAAUAUUUAAUGUAAAAUUGAUGUUCAUCAGGAGCUGCACCUGCAGCAGCCUCACUGCGUUUAAGAGUUUUCGCUAUCAGGAAUUCAGAGUUUCACUCAAACACCAAAGAAAAUCCAAAUUCUCCCAUCAGCUUGCAGCCAACUUGCGUAGACGUGAGUGAUCAUUCUCUUGGUAAAGCAUUUUUGUAUCACGGAAAGCCGACCUUCCGCAACCUUGGCUACAAUUUCUUGAUGUGGCUGUCUCUUCCGCGAUUUGUGUGGCGAAAUUUCGUUUAUUCUUAUGCAUUGGUUUGAACCAUGAUCAUCAUGAAUCAUGAGACGGGGUACAAUCUUCAUCAUCAUUAUGAAGGAAGAGCGUUUCUUAUGCUUCUUCUUAGCGCACCUCAACGAUUUUUCACCAGUCUCUUUUUCGAGGGAGUGAUUGUCGGAGUAUAAUUGUAUGCAGGGAUGUUUUUGUCCGAAUUUGAUGAAAUAUGCAUAUGGUAUGAUAUGUUGCGGUCUAAAUACGGCGUCCUUGAUGAUUUUUGGCUCCUGCGAUGCUUUAAUACUUUGAUCCCCGACGGCCCGAUGUGAUUGGCAUCGCCUUGCGAGCACUGGUUUUUCUACCGACACGCACCUGCUGUGCGCUACUGGUCGCUACGACUUCCGCGAGCGUGGUUCUUUUUCUGGUGCUUUUUUGUCCAAUCUUGCUCAUCGUUGCCGUCAUCCACUGGAUUUCGCGCUUGUUCCGCCGUUCCCUGGUGCUGCUGUGCGCGGGUGCGGCACGGCCAUCUCAGUACAUUCUGCAUGAUGCGGUGUCAAGCUCCACCACUUCUCUGCCGCCCUCUGUCUCAAGCACUAGUAGUAGCACUACAGUUUGGCCGGAACAAGUGGCGGACGCAAACAGAGUAGAUAGUGGUACUGCGCGACCCAAGAUGGGAUAUAUUCCGGAUGUAGUUUCCGCAACAUCUUCAACUUCGUCAACAUCGUCAUUAUCGGGCCUUUCAUCUGCCGUGCGGAAGUCUCUGCCGGUGGCUAGUGGUCCGUCAUCCUCAUCGACAAGAGAAACGUCGGUGCUCGGCGGAUUCAGCGAGGACGUGGAAUCCAAUAACGCGUUCAAGCAAGCUCUCCAAUCCGGGACCUCGACGACAUCGUACUCCUCACCAGGGCCCUUUGCCCUCAGGCGACUUAUCUCCGACGUGGUUCUAUCGUCAACCACGCUUUGUCCCGCUCCGCCAGUGCACCAUCCCUCGACCAGUAAUUCCAUAAUCGUCCAUCGCACUAGUAGUACCCCAGCAUCAACAUCCAACAUACCCAACCAUCAUGACCACGACGCGGAGGUGACUCGUCCACGACUACGAAGAGACGAGGACGGGGGAAACGAGCCUGACGACGCAUCUUCUUUUUCUUCCUCCGAUGUGCUUGGGGAGCUUUUGCUCCUACUCUUGCUCGCCAAUCUCUUACCCUCAGUCCACCGAGCACUGCUCAUGGACCGGGAUGAAGCCAUGUUUCUGGAGGUCCGAAAACAUUUGGGCGUCACUACACCGAACAACGGUGAGGAACGGCCCAAGGCGAAGGGAAACAGCGUUCUCAUAGUGGGCGCAGCGCAUAUGGCCGGCAUUAUGGAGAGAAUACGGCUGCGCGGCAUUGAGGUUGACACAUAGAAAAUAGAAGAUAGUCUCGCAACAACACGCUAUCACGGUUUCUCCCAGCAUUGUUGCCAUUCCCAUACAAGGACAAUGUGAAGAGGACUAAACUCGAGACUUCCUCAACAGAAGGAGCUACUUUUGCAUAGUCACAUUCAUUGUGCAUACAAUUACAAGUAAUUUGAGACUACAGUUAGAUGCUCUGUUGUUUUCGUGUCCUAACGGCAGCAUAUCUAGACACUCCUGCUGUUGCGGUUGAGAAUGUCAUCCGUCA